AUGGGGCAGUCAUUUCAAAACUGGACUGAUUCGACGAUGUUGAAUGAGGUGGCAUCAGUGUUUCACUUUUUACCACAAACACCAGAGGAGUGGCUAAUCAUCGAAGAGGGUUUUAGAAGAAAGUUUCCCCAUUGUGUUGGGGCUAUAGAUGGAAAGCACAUCGUAGUGCAAUGUCCAGCCCACAGUGGUUCCGAAUUUUAUAAUUAUAAGGGUACAUAUAGUUUCGUACUAAUGGCUUUGGUUGAUAGCGAUUAUCAUUUUAUUUUUGCCGAUAUCGGUGGCCAGGGACGCAUUAGUGAUGGUGGAAUUGAAAUUUUGAAAAACUCUUUACUUUGGCAAAAAAUUGACUCAAAUAAUAUUAAUUUACCACCAGAUACUCCGUUACCUGGAAGAAAAAUGAACGUGCCUUAUGUAUUUCUAAGUGAUGGUGCUUUCGCAUUACAUAAACAUAUUAUGAAACCUUUUCUUGGUAACCACAAUAUAGGCACGGCUAAACGUACUUUCAAUCAAAAACUUUCAAGUACUCGCGUUAUUGUAGAAAAUGUUUUUGGGGUGCUGACAUCUGUUUACCGAAUUUUUAAGAAACCGAUAGAGAUCAAUAUAAAAAAUGUACCAAAUAUAACUAUGACUUGUAUUUUGCUGCAUAAUUUUUUAAGAAAAAGUGAAUCCUCUCGGAAUAUUUACACACCUCCAGGAACUUUCGACUACAUAAUGGACGGAAACUUGUUAAUGGCACUUGGAGACAAGACCACACCGAAUCGUCAGGUAUAA